AUGCAUAGUAGUCAAAAUAGGGCGGGGACCGCCACGGAACACCAAAGAUCCCCCCCACAAACGCGGCAAAGAGUUCUUAGCCAUCAUUUUACGUCCAGCAGGGAGACACUCCCGCCGCAGCUAUACGGCUUGCGCCAGCUGGAGCCACAGGAGGUACGUGCACCAAAUGAGUCGCUGAUGCAUGUUAGCAAUAACCGCACUCACCAACUGCAGCCGCCACAAUCGUGGCGUUCACUGGGCUUCGCGGGCGGAUCGGUGUCGACUCGCCAUACGCCGGGCACCCUUGGACGUCACAGCGCGGCAACCGACUUAAGGAUGGGGAGCAAUUUCUCCAGAGACGGCGGCAGCGACGCCGCCCACACCAGCGAUCUCGGCUACUGGGAAGUGACGUUCGUGACAAGGAGCGGCAAUUGCGUCGGCGCCUCAAAGCUGAUGGUUCCAAGGGGAAAGGCCCCCACCUCCUUUGAGGACAUCGUUGAAGCCAUCGCGGGGGACGCCUCCCUGCUAAACCUGGUGGUCGCGUACAUCACCUACCUAGACAGGAACUUCAACACUUACACCUUACUGACACCACGAAGCGUGUGUAAUUGCACAGACACCUUUCGCGUAGUGGUUGAGUUAAAGGAAGGAUGUAAUCCGCACUUAUGUCCAGCGUCACGUCAAGACGAAAGCACGGGUGUGUCCAACGGAGAAAUUCUUGCGACGGAGGACGUUGCUGGGGCGCACGAAGGUUCUGGUGUGAAAACGAUGAUGGGCAGCAUCUCGGACGGACACGAACAGUCCUCAACGGUCACCUCAUUGAGGCAGAGCCCACCGGGAACAGGCUUUUUUCGCAACGUCAUCUCUUCCGGCUCGUGGCAGCAGCGAUGCCAAUAUGAUUUUCUCACACCGAGCGAGAGGGUCACAGAAAACUAUGAGGCGUUGGAGGCUGCCCUGACACUGUCAAGGGCGACAGAAGAGGAGGAUCGUCGGUCAAUAGCCCUCGAUGAGGGCAGCUCACGGGCCACCCUAGCCGUGAUGGCGGAACGGCAUAAAAGUGCAGUGGUAAGAGGCAUGCAAAGGGAAACACCACGAGGUGAUCGGCUGUCGCCACGACCACGCUCAGCUCCACUGCUGGAAAUAAGUGAGACGAAUCUUGGAAAGCCCAGGCAUGCGGAAGCCGAAGACAAAUUGCAGCUGUCCUCACACGCCGCAACAAUUACUGUACCGGUACUCCUCCAACACGGCGUGUUUCACAACGAUGAGGGCAGGCCAUUGCAGGACAAUACGAAGCAUCACCCUCCAAACGCUGCACCGCUCGACUCCUCCCGCAGCUCCUCUGUCACGUCAACCGACACUGAUACAGAGUUGGAACACAAAGCCGCCAGCGCGGAUACAAUGCCUGGUGAACGUGAGGGCACUCCUUCCGAUCAGCAACGCGAGGAAUUUGACACAACAAAAAACUUGCAUCACCACAUUUAUGAACAUGAAGAGCGCCGUCCAUCGACGGAACUCAAAACGCGUUCAGCAAAUCAGCGACAAAGCCCAUACUGGGAUCAACAAACGCUCACGGACCUCACGAUGUAUGAAUCUCUACAGUCACCACACUGCCCCUAUAACAAUGUAGUCAGCGACACACUGACAAACUAUCAAAUUCAACAUGAUUUUCAACUAAACGAGGAAAAAUCAGAAGAGGAAGAGGACCACAAUCAAACCGCAAAAGCUUACAUCCAGAAACGCCUUGCAUCACUUACAGAUACACUUCAACAACUAGAAGAGGAACAAAACACGUACUUUACACAACCAGUAACGCCGAUGAUGACAACAAGCAUUCAAACAAAAUCCCAAACAACAAUAUCCGAAAGUCAAUUAUACCAAAAUACACAAGAACAAAUAAGCCAACUUCAAGAAAACAACAUAGCUACAUCAUCACGAAUACACAACACCGAAAAAGCUGUUAUUCUUGAAAAAAUGAACAUGAUCACUGAAGUGGGCGAGGGGACCGCACCACGUGAGGCGGAGCAGGAAAUUGUUGAGCUGGACGAGGGGACUGCACCUCUGCAGGCGGAGCAGGAAAUUGUUGAGCUUGACGAGGGGACCGCACCUCUGCAGGCGGAGCAGGAAAUUGUUGAGUUGGACGAGGGGACCGCACCUCUGGAGACGGCGCAGGAAAUUGUUGAUGUGAGC